AUGGGCAGGCUGUCAGCUGCCAAAUCCGCCGCCAUGAGUGGUCGAUCAGUCCCUCUACUGUGCCUUGGCCGCGCCUACGCCGCGGUCGCAACACCAUCCGUAUCAGCACCAGCAGCAAGCUCCGCUCGUUUCGCGUUCCGUCGGCCCAUUCAGCAGUACCACUACACUCCGCGGUAUAACCUUGCCCUGAGCUCCUCCUCCGGCUCGUACACCCUGCCAAACUCAGACCGACGUCGCUACUCAACACCAACAGAAAGCGGCCACAAAGACCCCCAUAGAAGUGUCGGAAUCUCGAAGUGCACGUUGACUGACAAAACAUCAAAGCGAUCACGACCUUCAUCACCGGGAACGGAAAAAACCAUCUCUCAAAGCAUCGAUGCUGCAAACCUGAAAGCAAACAACAUCGGCGACAAGGUCCGCUCAUUGACACCCCGCGAGCAGAUCUAUAAUAUCCCCAACAUCCUUACCGCAACUCGCUUGGUCGCUGCGCCUUUUGUCGGAUACCUGGUAUUGCAUGAACAGCACAAUUGGGCUCUUGCUCUGUUCGCCUAUGCAGGCAUUACCGACUUGGUAGAUGGAUGGAUUGCCCGCAAGUACAAGCUGCAGACUGUUGUAGGCAGUGUCAUCGACCCAAUGGCUGACAAGUUCUUGAUGACUGUCUUGACUGUUACUUUAUCCAUGAAUGGCCUCUUGCCAGUCUCUUUGGCUACUCUCAUCCUGGGACGUGAUGUGUCUCUUGCAGUGGCUGCUCUGUAUUGGAGAUAUGCAUCUCUCCCUGCGCCCAAGACCUUCAAGCGCUACUGGGACUUCUCCCUGCCAUCCGCAGAGGUUCACCCUACCACUAUGAGCAAGUACAACACGCUUCUGCAGUUGCUUCUCAUCGGUGCCACACUGGCCUACCCAGUCAUCACCGCGGACAACCACCACCUAGGUGUCAUGCAUGACAUUGGCCUGGAGAAGCUCGACCUCGCUCAGUUCAUGACCUAUUUCCAGAUCCUGGUGGCCGGUACCACAGCAUGGAGUGGACUCAGCUAUGCUUUCCUCAAGGACGCAGUCAAGAUCUUGGGUAAGGAUGAGCAGCUGAAGCUCAAGCAGGGAAGAAGGGGCAGAGCAAUUAUUGGCGUGACAUUCGGCAGCGUUGUGGUGGCUGCUGCGUACUUGGCUCUCACCAAGGACUUGCCAAAGAAGAAGGAAGAGGGAGUAGUUGCUUGAACAGAUGGCUGCCUGAGAAGUCAUGCACGAAUGAAAAGUCAUCCACAUGGACCUUUUCCGUCAGGCAAGCAUCAAGCUUUGAAUACCAAUCACCAUUUGCCCAAUUCAGACUCCAAAGCCUACAUGACAACACAUCAGUACAACGCGCGUCGUCUGAACGAACGUGCCUUGCUACCAAAUUCGUGUAUCGAAUCCGUGGCUAUGCGAGCCAAACAUGGUUGUUUGGUUUCCCGCGCUAACUUGCUCGCUCCUUCCCGCCAUAAAUCCUCAACUUGACGUUCCAAUUCUUUACCUUUUGCAAGCUUCAUUGCUUCUUCUCCCACCCUUUUUCUCAUCGCACCAUCGCCGGUCAACG